AAAAACAGCGACCUCUUGUGGUCACUUCCUGCAUGUAUCUUUGGCGCCAUCUUGUGGACAGUUGUUGGUACUGCAUCAACACGGUGGCGCGCUUUAUCCGGAUGUGGACGUUCAUCCGUCGCUUCCUGUGACUUUAAUCCACUUGUUGAGGAGGAAGAGGAGGACAGAAAGGCGUGGGAGCUCCUGUCUUCAUCAUAACUUUAAUAUAAUAAUGAAUAAAACAUUUAAUGCGGACUGCUAAAGCGGCGCCCAAACACAGCAGCUAAGCCGCCUAACGAGCGCCAUGCUCGGACUGAAAGAAGCCGGAGUUCUCGGCGUCUCCGCGGUUCUUGCCGKGGGGGUAGCCUAUGUUAUCUGGAACCACGUUACCUCCCCCCGCGAGAAAAAGUCCGGGACGCGGCCGAGGGAGGACCGUAAGGCCGGUGGAGGAGGAGAGGAGGAGGAGAAGCAGGAAAGAUAUGAGGAGGCUCCGGUUGAAGCUCCGAAAACAGCGGCGGCUCGCCCCGCGGCGUCAGAGAGAACCCAGGUUCUGGUUCUGGGUCUGGACGGAUCCGGUAAGACCAGUCUGCUGCACUGUUUCUCCGGCAGCGGUCUGGAGCAGGAAGUGGCGCCGACGCGGGGCUUCAACGCCGUCUCCAUCAGCCGAGACGACCUGAACGUGGAGUUUCUGGAAAUCGGCGGUCAGGAGGACCUGCGGCCCUUCUGGCAGCGCUACCUGUCCAAAGCUCUGCUGCUGGUCUUCGUGGUCGACUCGUCCGACCCGAAACGUUUCCCGGAGGCCAAGAAGCAUUUACAGCAGCUGCUGACCUUUGACCCCCGCCUGCCCCUCAUGGUUCUGGUCAACAAACAGGACCUCCCGGGCUCCUGCGGCAUCACGGACCUCUACGACGCCCUGUCCCUGUCCGAGGUCGGGGACAGGAAGCUCUUCCUGAUCGGGUCGCACGUGAGGAAAGGGGAGGCGGAGCUGAGCUCGGGCGUUCGGGACGCCCGGGACAUGAUCGUCCAGAUGGUCCGCGACGGCAGAUGAGACGGAUAAAUCAUCGGUUCUGAUCCGAUCUUAUUAUUUCACCACGCCGCCGCUACUUUGAAACAACUUUAUUUGUUCAAACAGAAC